CGAAAAUGUGCGAAUUCAGUUGCUUUAUCCCUACAUUAAGGGGGAUUCAUUUUCUCACAAAUGCGUCAAAAAGCACACUUUGAAUAGUAGUAGUAAUAACUACAGUGCUGAUUUUAGAUAGGGUUUCCUUCUGUGUAAAAUAUUAUGAGAGGAAGGUCCGUUUUCUCCUCCGGUUCCCCCGGCGUGCGCGGGCGCUUUAAGACAGGACAUUUAAAAACCUUAAGGCGUGUUUCCUGCUCCCAUUGAUCAGAAGCAGCCGCUCAGGCGCGCUCCCGCUGCGGCAGCGCGCAAGGAACCAGCAGGAGCGACAUACAUCUCGCGGUUUUGUCGCAAUUUUGCAGCAGCGCCUCUUUCACUUUGUCUGUCACGGGACCCGGAGCGAAUCGGAGCAAAAAGUCACAAUACCGCCGCAAACGAGCGAGAGGACUGCGGAGCCUUAAAGCCGAGCCGCCGUGAUUACUUUCGGCCGGGCGCUGGUAUUGGCGUGCGGUGAACGAGCUCCGCGCACACCUCAGACGCACUGAUCAAACCCGAAUGUGUUUCUCCUGAAGGGCCGGAGGGGACAGAGCAGCAGAGCCCCCGGAUUCAAAUCUUUACACAUUUUUUUCUUCCCCUAGAAUCCCCUGGAAACAAUAUUGGAAUUCGUACUGUACGUGGAGAAUCUGACAAUGGAGACCUGCAGGGCGGCUGGGACACAAUGAAUUGACAGUUGCACACGGAGAUUUAAACUUAGGGGACUGUAAAAAUGGGUUUAUGACAUUUAAGAGCAAAGUGUUGAACGGGGAUGAAUUUUACUGGCGCCACGGAAGAGCUGCCACAUUCUAACAAUAAUAGAAAUGACCAAAGACGCCUGUUCCGCGUCAAAAGAUGCAGCCUUGAUCUGAUAUUUCAAUAGAGAAGGACAAAGGACCGGAAAGGAACAUGCGAAUAAUUACAAACCCAAGGAAGCAAAGGUCGCAGAAUUGUGUCCCAAGCUUUUAAAGACGUUUCCCGGAGACGUCGCCCCGGCGUUGUCGCGUAUAUUUCCCGAACAUCACCAGACCAUGGUGCCUGCGCUGGCGGUGGCGGAGUUAUCGCCCAGCUGUAACGCCGGAGAGGUGCGCCCGGCAGCGCUGGACUCCGAGUAGGGAUAAAGACAGCGAUCGGACUCUGACCCCCGCCUGCUUCAUUGUUUUCCCCAAACUUUAAUUUAAAUACUUUAAGGAGCCAACAUGUCGGCGGUAAUGGUGGCCAGGAAGGCGCCUCGGAGGUGGGAGAAGCUUCCCGGGAAGAACACUUUCUGCUGUGACGGGAGAGUGAUGAUGGCCAGGCAGAAAGGUGUAUUCUAUCUCACCCUGUUUCUCAUCGUGGGGACCUGCUCUCUCUUCUUCGCCUUCGAGUGCCCCUACCUGGCCGUCCACCUGUCCCCGGCCAUCCCCGUGUUCGCCGUGGUGCUGUUCCUGUUCGUCAUGGCUAUGCUGCUGCGCACCAGCUUCAGCGACCCCGGGGUGCUGCCGCGGGCCCUGCCUGCCGAGGCCACCUUCAUCGAGAUGGAGAUUGAGGCGGCCAAUGGGAACGUCCCGGCAGGACAGCGCCCGCCCCCUCGGAUCAGGAACGUUCAGAUCAACAACCAGAUCGUGAAGCUCAAGUACUGCUACACCUGCAAGAUCUUCCGCCCCCCUCGCGCCUCGCACUGCGGCAUCUGCGACAACUGCGUGGAGCGCUUUGAUCACCACUGUCCCUGGGUGGGGAACUGCGUGGGCAAGAGGAACUACCGCUACUUCUACCUGUUCACCCUGUCCUUGUCCCUGCUCACCAUCUACAUCUUCACCUUUGACAUCGUCCACGUCGUCCUCCGCUCGGUGGAUUCUGGGUUCGUGAACACACUCAAAGAAACUCCGGGGACUGUCCUGGAGGUGCUGGUGUGCUUCUUCACGCUGUGGUCUGUGGUCGGGCUGACGGGCUUCCACACCUACCUGAUCUCUCUCAAUCAGACCACCAACGAGGAUAUUAAAGGCUCCUGGUCGGGGAAGAACCGAGUGCAGAACCCCUACAGCCACAGGAACAUCAUCAAGAACUGCUGUGAGGUGCUGUGUGGGCCUGUCUACCCCAGUGUUCUGGACAGGAGGGGGCUGAUGGUGGAGACGCCCACCCCCCCCAUUUCAACCACCGCCACCAAGAACAGUGACCCAGACCCUCAAAACACGAAAACCACAGCACCCCUGAUCCCAAACGAGCACACCCCGGAUGACACGAAGCCCAGCAUAGCAUCCUCGCCGGAGAAGAGCUCCCCGAAGGAGCCCCCUCCUCCGUCGCUGGGAGACACGGGGGAGACCACCCCGGUGAAGGAGAAGGCCUUUUAACUCCGGCCUCCGGGACCUUCCAGGAAGGUCUCCCGUUGCAGUAUUCAGCUCCGAAACGCCAUGCUCUUCUGAAGUCGGAAAAAAACGUCAAUAUAAAAACUUGCGUUCAAAAAACCAACACAUAACAAAGGUAUCUGUGUUCUGCAGUUUGGCCGGUGACCACCCCCCUCCUGAGGAACUCCACGAGCCUGUUCGUAUCCUCGUGCCCUUUUGGCAAAACUCCAAACUGAACCGCUGUGAGGAAUCUUUUGUUCUCACUGUUGCUGUGGUGCAGUAGAGCACAGACCCGUCUUUCACGCCAAACUGGGAGCACUGGGAUGUGUACCUGAUGUGAACUGCCCUCAAUCCUUUAGACAUCAGCUGGGGAAACGAGAACAAGACCCUAAAGCCUUCAUAUCCUGUACGAGAGCCGACUGCGUACCACUAGCUGAGGGCUGGUUCUGAAGUAUCGAUUGCCACUGUUAGCGUUUUUAUUUCAAUUUUUAAUUACAGCCGUUAUGCUUCACGGCCAUUCCUUCCAGGCCCAUUGAUCGUGAACAUAUUCCUCUGAAAUAUUACUCCUGCAGGACUCGCAGGUGAACCGUUUCAGCGUACGACACAAAAUGGAACAGCACAAAGACCUGCCGCGUCCGAGAAGGUACAUGGUGAUGGAUCGGGGGUGGGGCACCCUCAGAAAUCAUCCCCGCCUGUAAGCAGCAAAGGGGGGGGGGGUGUGGCUGUGUCUCAGUGAUAACAACUCCAGGUUGCGUUUUUAAACAUUUUUGUCAAAGGGAAGCUUGUUUUAAGAGAAUCCCUGAGGAGAAAAUAUAGCAGACUUCCUGUGGCUGGUAAUACCAACAACACCUGCCCCCCAACAAGAGAUGUUUAAAUUGGACCUAAUUUGAUUGACUGAGUUCAUUAUGAUGGAAAAAUGCCCUGGUAUUUAAGACAGAUGGGUCUUUCCUCUCAGCCUGGUAGUGUAUUGCAUAUUAAACCCACUUUCUGUUCCUGGAGAUUGGUUAUUUCUUCUGUAUUGCACACGUGUGCCGGUGGGGCUGUCAGGGAGGAUGGAGUUAUCAGAUCCCCUUUGCUCUGGACAGGAGUGCAGGAGGGACCAGCAGGGCUCUUCAUACCCUCACAUGCUUCAAUCCAGCCCCACACCUGGCUGUGCAGGUGACUGUGUAAAUCCCAACAUUGCUUUGUUUGAAGGGAAAAUUUGGUUUCUGUAGACCUUAGAGUUUAGUAACUGUGCCUUAUUUAAAAGCUGCACUAUCACAUGCAAUUGAGGCCAUCUGUGAAGAAGCUUAAUGACUUCUUGGUAGUUUGGAAAUUCCCUACAAGAUUAAAAAAAUAUAUAAUCUGAGACAUUGAAUAGAAUAAUUUGACCAGGGCAUUAUAUAAAAUAGUUAACUUUUUUAAAAAUAAAAGCCAUCGUUUGUGAAAUAGAAAAGUUCAUAAUGUAGUGAAAUCCCUUGAAAUGAAGAGAUUUGAGUUUGAUUGCAUGCUGCUGUGUCUCGAUGUCUGGGUGUUAAUGUGGGGUGCCUUGUUCCAGCGCAAGGCACUCAUUUCAUUCUGAGGGGCAUUUCGCCUUUUUUCCUCACUUCCUCCGCCUUAUUUGUGCAGAGAUCUGUGCCUGGAGAAUCUGUUCAGAAGAAACGUUUGUGUGGCUCAAGGCCGCUGCUGUCCAUGAAGCUCAGCUUCAGCCCUGUUUUCUGCUGCAGGACUGGGGCUGUUUUAUAGUCAAAAGGAAUUGUGCAAGGAAACCAGUUGUUUUCACACCUUUUGAAAUUUCACGCCCAAGUGAGUAAGGGUGGGCUAGGCGGCCAUCGGAGACGUGGUUAAUAAUGGCAACGGGAUGAAAAUUCAGGAAACGUGAUCGUCCAGAUCUGGAAAGUCUUCGGUGAGUGUUGUGCCACGGUGCCAGUGUCUGUAGGAUGCAGUAAUGUGAUAGCGGGAAAUGUCUUUGCUCAUCUAUGAAUUGGCUUCAUUACUCUGCUCUCCUCCCCACUGAGAGCUGGUGUGUGGUGAGCGUUCUGGCGCACUAU